AUGGCCAUCGACAUGAAAGACAACGGGACCGUGGGUUGCGCCUACUAUGUCGCUGUAGACGAAACACUGUUUCUGCAGGAGGAUAUACCAAUGGCUGGUAUGGAAUUUGUGGAAACCCUCCUGCUGCGAGUAGAGCCGACGACCGUGCUCAUCUCCCUCCGCAGCCCUGGAAGGCUGGUCGAAUUCCUCGAAGCUGGAGCUCAGGACUGGGAGGGACAUCGAGGCAAUCAUAACGAAGACUUUCGCGGUGCUUAUAUACUUCGCACACUGGGCUCUUCGAAGUUCAACUACGAGAGCGCCAAAAGCCACCUUAUGAACCUCGACCUCGACGCUUUGGGCUCGAGGACCAUGCAUUUCAACACAGUAGCUGAAGAAGAAGCAGACAGUGCAGUGGGUGGACAGUCCGGCAGUCAUGGGCAUGCAAGACUCCUCCGACUUGCUACCUUCGUCAAUCUGGACAGUCGCUUUUCUGUCGGUUGCGCUGGAGCAGUCCUCAGCGAUGUCCAGCGCAGACGAGCUGCAGAAUACCUGCCAAAUGACCCAGAUGCGGGACUCGCCUUCCGUGUACGCUCCAUCGAGAUGUUCACGCUGUCCAACGCAAUGUUUGUCAAUGCCGACGCUUUGACGUCUCUACAGAUUCUUGGAUCCGAACAUCACCCAAACUAUAUUAACCAGGGGCUUGGAAGGUCUACAUCGGGGGCCAAGGAGGGUCUCUCCGUCUAUGGCCUAUUUCACGUCUUGACACAUACCGCGCGAGGGAAGUUAAAACUUCGGCAGAUGUUUCUGCGUCCAAGUAUCGAUUUGGAAUUGAUACACGAGCGGCAACGCACCAUCUCCGUCUUUCUACGAGCAGAGAACAAUGCUGACAUCAGCCGCAUUUGUAAAAUUUUGAGGAGAAUCAAAAACAUCAAGACAUAUCUGGUGCAAUUAAAGAAAGGAGCCAACUUGACAGGAGGGCAGAGUCCAGGGGCGCGGACCACCUGGGCAACAUUACAAGCAUUUUCGGCUUACGCGAUCGAGCUGCGCGAAGCAGUAAGCAGGCUUCAAGGGGUAGAUACCCUGGCCAUCAGUUCAAUGGUGGUUGACGGCAUCUUGUCAAACGAGCUUAGACGAGUCGGCGAGCUCAUCGCCACCACCAUUGACUUUGCUCAAUCCAAGGAAAGUUGCAGGACUUGCGUAUUGCCUAACAUCGAUCCGAGGCUAGACGAUUUGAAGCGCACAUACGAUGGCCUGGAUAACUUCCUCAAUGAGGUUGCAGCCCAUCUCAUCUCAGAGAUUCCCGAGUGGGGCCGACCUCAUGUGAAGCAAUGCAUUUUCUACCCUCAACUUGGGUUUCUUACUGCAGUGAGCCUUGAUAUAGAGACAAGACGUGGCAAAUACGAUGGUGAAGGAGAUGACGAGGAUGUCUGGGAAGCCAAGUUCAUGACAGAUGGAGUUGUCUACUACAAGAAUCGGCUCAUGAGGGCGCUAGACGUACAGCUCGGGGAUCUGUACGGCCUCAUAAUAGGCAAGUUUCCCCUGUAUAAAGAAAUCGAGAUUGUUUACGAUCUGGGCGUCAAGAUUCUGCGUCACGAGCAGGCUUUACUCACCGCGUCUGAUGUCUGCGGCGAGCUCGACAGUCUCCUUGCACUUGCUCUCGGGGCAGACAAAUACAAAUUGACAGCACCACAGAUGACUACCGCGAAUGUCAUACAGAUAAAAGAUGGCCGCCACCCUCUACAGGAGCUUGUUGUACCGUCAUUCAUCGCCAACGACACACUCCUUGCUGGUGGUAGCGGUGGCAGGGAGGAGGACCAUAGUGUCGUUUUAGACGACAUGGAAGAACUCCCAAACGUGAUGGUCAUGACAGGGCCCAAUCAUUCGGGCAAGAGUGUUUACCUGAAGCAAGUUGCGCUCAUAGUGUUUCUUGCCCAUAUCGGAAGCUUUGUGCCCGCCGCUCGUGCUUGCAUUGGGUUGACUGAUCGCCUCCUCACUCGAAUCGCUACAAGGGAGAGCGUCUCUCGCAACGAGAGUGCUUUCGCGAUCGACUUGAAGCAAGCUGCCUUCUCCAUCAACUUUGCCACCCGCCGAAGUCUCAUCCUCAUCGAUGAGUUUGGGAAGGGCACAAAUUCUAUGGACGGCGCCGGUCUGAUGACAGCCCUCAUCGAUCAUUUCCUUGGGCUUAGUGAUGAAGCGCCUAAAGUCUUAGCGGCCACUCAUUUCCACGAGAUCUUCGAGCACAACUACCUCAGUGGCAGCCCGAGACUUUAUCUGGCUCACAUGGACGUUCGAGUCGAUCUUGAAACCGAAAACAGGGAGGACCAAGUCACGUUCCUUUUUCGAUUGACACCCGGCCGGUGCGCAUCCAGCUUCGGAAGUCGAUGUGCGGCGAUGAACGGUGUCGAUGAGGCCGUUGUGCAGAGGUCGGAUGCAAUCGCUCUCCUGUUAGCUCGGGGCGACGACCUACGAGCUGCUUGUGCUCGGCUGACAGAGCAGGAGACGGAGAAGCUCGAGGAGGCGGAACUUGUCGCUCGUGAGUUUCUUGAGAUGAAUCUCUCAGGUCCGUCCUCAAGACAUAAAGACAAGGCGCAGGACGAGUCAAAGUCGAUCAGAGCACAGUUGCGGAAAGUACUGAGCGGCCCGAGCUCUGUGGACGAGUCAACUCGUUGA